AUGGCCGACGAAACCAAAGUCGCCGACGACGUGCCGCAGUUCUCCUUCAAAAAGCGAUCGGCCAAGGCCAAAUCCAAUUUCCGCAAGAAGCCCGCCACCCCUCCGCCCGCCUCGGACUCGGACUCUGGGUUCACUUCCUCCGAUGAUGACGAGGGCCGGAGGAUCAAAAGACGGCGCAAGACGGCGGCCGUGACGGCUUCGUCGGCUGCCAACGCCCCCCGCAGGGAUGCCACGCAGGAUGAACAAGCGACCGCCGCUGCUCCGGCUCCGCUGGCGUCGACCAACGAUGCGACCAAGCAGUCCAACUGGUAUGAUGAGGACCUAAACGAGAAGAACCUGCUGGGCACGACGCGAGCUCGACCCGCUCCGUCCGAGUCGUCUGCGGCCGAUGGAACGUACAAAGGAGCGGCCAACUAUCAGUCCUUCAUUCAGAAAAACCCCGACGCCCCCAGCAAAAAGUUCGGUCCCAUGAAAGCGCCCACCAACGUGCGAACCAUCACCUUCACGGACUACAUGCCCAAUGUCUGCAAGGAUUACAAACUCACGGGGUAUUGUGGCUUCGGCGACGGUUGUAUUUAUCUUCACGCGCGUGAGGAUUACAAGCAAGGCUGGGAGCUGGACCGAGACUGGGAGAUCAACACCAAGGGCAAGACUUUGAGCGGAAAGGUGACGUCGCAGAGGAGCGGUGGCAACGCGUCCAAGGACGACGACGACGACGAAGACGAGAUGCUCGAGAAUAUCCCGUUUGCCUGCAUCAUCUGCAAGAAGCCCUAUCAAAACCCGAUCCUCACCAAGUGCGGUCAUUAUUUCUGCGAGUCCUGCGCGUUGCAACGAUAUCGAAAGAAUCCUUCCUGUGCGGCCUGCGGGGCUGGCACUGGCGGUGUGUUCAACACGGCCAAGAAGCUGAACCAUCUGCUAGAAAAGAAACGCGAGCGAGCUCGCAAGCGGCGGGAGCAGGCCAUUGCCGAGGGCGAGGAAGUUAGCAGCGAAGAUGAAGAGGGCGCCGAGAGCUCCUGAUCCGGGCCACCUCCUCAGACUGAUGAACACCGCCAACAGUUGCAGCGGGUCUGCAAUCCUGUCAUGUAUUAUAUAGCUCAGAUACCUCGAAUGAAUGAUUCCGGAAUGAAGUUGGGAUUGGCAGC